GCUUUCUCUUCUCUUAUCACACCCCACGAGGAAAUUGCUUUUACAUAUAAAUGCAACUGCAGAUUUAAAGCUGCAGAUAAUGCAUGAAAAAGGAAGAAAAGUCAGCGUACUCAGAUUCAGAUUCACGUGUUGUGAUUCGAAGAGCCCAUUCAAGGAUUCGCGUUUUCCGGUCAUGAAGUUCUCAAUCAAGGUGAACUACAAGCAAAUUUUUGUUUGAACCUGUGGAGAUUUUCAACUUUGUUCAAUCAUUUUCUUGAGAUUAGAAAUGGUGCAAUAUGAUAUUUUCUCUUGAAUCUUCGUUGAGAUGGAGGAACCAAGAGAUGAUACUGGGCCAACGGAGGCAUCAAAUUCUGAUGCCCCAUGGUGGCCAGCUGAUUUUAUGGAAAAAUUACAGUCAGUUUCUGUUGUUUCUUCUGCUGAAACCUCAACUUCAAAAGGUAAUACAAACAAACAUGAGCUAGAGAGUUCAGCACCAGAGAGAGCCUUAAGGAUUCUGUGGGAAACUGGAGAACUUGCUGAACCAAUUCCUGAUGGUUUUUAUUUUGUCAUUCCGGAAAGAAGAUUCAAGGAGCUUUUUGACACUAUCCCAUCUUUAGAAGAUCUUUUUGCUUUGGAUGCAGAGGGUCUCAGACCUAAUGUUAUUCUUGUUGAUACACUCAAAGAUAAGAAACUUUCAAUGCUUAAGCAACUAACUCUUACUUUAGUAAAAGGAUUGAGUUCGAGUCCUGCUGCAGUGAUAAAAAAGAUAGCUGAAUUGGUUUGUGAUUUUUAUAAACGUCCAAAGUACAGAACAAAUGCACUUGAGGAGGUCUCUAAUGCCCUGGGCAAUCAAGGUAUCCAUAUGCUCUGCCAAAUGAAGAGUAAGCCCUGCCAUUACCAGGCAAUUUUAUUCAAAGUCCUUGCAGAUACUGUAGGCCUUGAGUGUAAGCUAAUUGUGGGUCUGCCUAGGGAAGGAGUAAUCAAGCGGGAUGACUCGUAUGAGCACAUAUGUGUGACAGUGGUUCUGAAUUCAGUGGAAUUUCUGGUUGAUCUUGUACGUUCUCCAGGAAAACUGAUACCUUAUGCAUCACAGGCACUUAUUCUCCCUCACAUACGUGCCAGUCGUGAUAUCUAUUCUGGAGAAAGUGAUUCAUAUAGUUCUCCUAUUGAGCCCAACAGUCCGAUCUGUCUUGUCUCAGACCAACUAGGCAUUGAAGGAAUUUCCUCUGAAGAGAGCAUUCGACCAUCAUAUCAGCAUAAACUAGAAGCAUCAACUAAUGUGUCCAUCCCAUCUCUAAGGAACAUAAACUCAUCACAGACUGAACCAUAUGUUGCCGAUUCAUUUUGGUGGCACAAUAGGAAGAAAAUCAUAUCUGAACAACCAAGUCCAGAGCACCCUCUGUUUCGAGCACACAGAAGAUCUGUUCUUGGGGAUCAAAGAUAUUCUGCAAAAGGAUAUAGUGAUGACACAAGUGCAUCAAGAUCUGCUGGUGCAUCACCAAUAGAAACUCGUAGAAGAAGACGACGGUGUGUUAGCAUGAUUCCAGAGAUCAGUGAUAAUAUUGUAAGGGCUGUGCGAGCAAUGAAUGAAGCUGCCAAACAAAACCGACUACCAAGGGAACAAGAGGGUUUAACUCUUGAUUCAGAUGAUCGAGCAAGUGCUUUGAGGUUCCAUCGUGAUUUCCAUGAUGAGGAUAGUGGUAGAAGUAGCCAAGCAUAUGAUUUCCAGAGAAUGCAAAUAAACUCUCAUAAAGCAAUCUCGUUGCCUUCAUCCCCUCAGUAUAAAAAAAAUCAGAUCCCUGGUAUGGCCGACGGAUCAGGAGUUUUCAAAAAUCCUGAUAUGAUCUCAAGAUUUGAUAAAGUGCUGGAAUCAUCAAAACUUGUGAACAGGCCAUUAUUACCAUUCGAGGAGUGGAAUAUUGAUUUCUCGGAAAUAAAUAUUGGAAUUCGCGUUGGAAUUGGGUUUUUUGGAGAAGUUUUUCGUGGGAUUUGGAAUGGAAUAGAGGUUGCAGUAAAAGUUUACCUGGAACAAGACUUGAGCACAGAAAAUAUUGAAGAUUUUGCCAAUGAAAUAUCUUUAUUGAGCCGUAUUCGCCAUCCAAACGUUAUUCUAUUUCUUGGUGCUUGCACAAGACCUCCUCGGUUAUCCAUGGUAACUGAAUUCAUGGAGAUGGGAUCACUGUAUCAUCUGAUCCAUGCGAGUGGGCACAAAAAUAAACUCAGCUGGCGAAGGAGGCUGAAAAUGCUUUGCGAUAUAUGCAGGGGCUUGAUAUGCAUACACCGAAUGAAAAUUGCCCACCGGGAUCUAAAGAGCGCAAACUGCCUUGUAAAUAAACACUGGAAAGUCAAGAUUUGUGAUUUCGGCCUCUCCAGGUUACUGACUGCAACACCCAUGAGAGAUUCUUCAGCAGCCGGUACUCCAGAAUGGAUGGCCCCAGAGCUCAUCCGCAAUGAACCCUUCACAGAAAAAUGCGACAUUUUCAGCCUUGGCGUUAUAAUAUGGGAGCUCUUCACACUCAACAGGCCAUGGGACGGUGUACCAUCUGUCCAGGUAGUAUAUGCUGUUGCUAAUGAUGGAAAACGGCUAGAUAUCCCCGAAGGUCCUGUGGGAAAGCUUAUAGCAGAUUGCUGGGCAGAACCAGAUGAAAGGCCUAGCUGUCAGCAAGUUUUGUCGCGCCUGCUUGAACUUGAAUACGCUGUUUACUAAUGGAUUCUUCCCAUAUGUGAUGGAACACACAAUGAAUUGUCUGAGGAAUCUGUAAAUAUUGCGUUCAUAUUAAAGAUUUUGGCUUCUCAACAGAUUUCUUGUAAACACUGUCAUUCAAAAGUUGAAUUGUAUAUCUGCUACUCAAAUUAUAAGCUUCAAACAUUUCCUUUAAUAGCUGCAUACAUGAAAUGGCAAACAAUUCAGAGUCCA